AUGAUUCCCUACCUAACUCUGUGCUCGGACUACCUGGUUUUUGGACUUGACGGUGUAAAUGACUCAGCGCUGACUGGAUCCACCUAUUUUGGAAAUCGGAUUUCUAACUCUUUUCAUAUGGCAAAGCUGUAUUCCGAUUCUGUGUGGACGGCAAGUACACUAAACGUUGAGCAGUACAUACAGGUGAAAUUCCCAAGAGAAACAAUGGUGAAUGCCAUUCUACUACAGGGACGAGAGGACCACACUUACAACCAGUGGGUGAAGACAUAUUACGUCUUCUACAGCAUCGAUGGUGUGGAAUGGACCAUUGUGACGUCAUCAAACCAAGAUCCAAGAUUAUUUCCAGGGAACACUGAUCACAACACAGUGGUCAAGUCCACAAUAGUCCCCAGUAUCACUGCUGUCUACAUCCGUAUCAACCCAAGGACCUGGAACACACACAUCGCUCUUCGCUUCGACGUUAGUGGAUGUUACAAAGGUAGGAAAACAAGAGGCCUAAUGGGCUUGCAUCACUCACCUCCUGUUAGUUGUUUGGGGUUACAGAGAAUCCCGAUGUUGCCUUCCUUAGACCAGCAGCACCACCCCGUGUUUGCGUCGACCUCUCAGACAUUUCCCAACUGUGGUAAAAUGUGUCGUGAAAAAAGACCUUGUUGCUUCUUCGCCUUUGAUAUGAACCAAAAUACAUGCAGUGGCUUUGAGCCGUCACUCAUACUGAGAAAUGUUACCUUCUCUACAGAACCAACUCAGUUCUUUCAGUUCAAUGAAGUGGGAGGAUCUGAUAACCAACUGUUUGUGUCCGGAAUGUUUGUGAAUUCUCACUGGGUAUACAGUAAUGGAAUGGAUGUCAUUGACAGCAACCUUUGGUCUCCUAACAACCCUGAUCAGGGCCAGGGACAAUGCGUCAUGCUGACACUGACGGGUCUGGCCACUGUUGAUUGUAAUGCAACCCUCUUCUCUGUCUGUGAAUCGGAUGCUGCCAGUGAUAGUGAGGGUAAAACCUGGAGUGUAGAGGAUGGUUCCAGGGGUACAGAGAGGGAUAAUGAGGGUAAAUCCUGGAGUGUCGAGGAUGGUUCCAGGGAUGGCGAGAGGGAUAGUGAGGGUAAAACCUUGAGUGUUGAGGAUGGUUACAGGGAUACAGAGAGGGAUAAUGAGGGUAAAUCCUGGAGUGUCGAGGAUGGUUCCAGGGAUGGCGAGAGGGAUAGUGGGGGUAAAACCUUGAGUGUUGAGGAUGGUUCCAGGGAUACAGAGAGGGAUAAUGAGGGUAAAACCUGGAGUGUCGAGGAUGGUUCCAGGGAUGCUGCCAGUGAUAGUGAGGGUAAAACCUGA